GCCGCUCGGUGCCGGGCGGCGUGCCCUUCUCAAAGAUGGCCGCGGGCGGCUUCAGCGCGUCCUGGGGGUGAGAGGGGAGAGGUGGCGGCGGCGGCGGCGGCCGGGCUCCGGGAAGAUGGCAGAGAGCGAGCAGCGGGCAGGCACCUCGGAGGAGAUGGCUCCUCCCAUCCAGCAGAACUUCAUGAUCCCCAAGAAGGAGAUAAACAUCGUUUCUGACAUGGGCAAGUGGAAGCGCUCUCAGGCGUACGCGGACUACAUGGGCUUCAUCCUCACCCUGAACGAAGGCGUCAGAGGCAAGAAGCUGACCUGCGACUACAAAGUGUCAGAGCCCAUUGAAAAGCUGGUGGCUCUUCUGAACACCCUCGACAGAUGGAUUGAUGAAACUCCGCCGGUGGAUCAACCUUCUCGCUUUGGGAACAAAGCCUUCAGGACCUGGUACGCCAAACUAGACCAGGAAGCAGAAAAUUUGGUGGCAGCGGUGAUCCCCAAGCAUUUGGCCAGUGCUGCCCCAGAAGUGGCCGUGUACCUGAAGGAGGCUGUGGGGAACUCCACCCGCAUCGACUACGGCACAGGGCACGAAGCUGCGUUUGCAGCCUUUCUCUGCUGCCUCUGCAAAAUCGGUGUUCUCAGAGUGGAUGACCAGAUGGCCAUUGUCUUUAAAGUAUUUAACAGGUACCUAGAAGUGAUGCGAAAACUUCAGAAGACCUACAGGAUGGAACCUGCUGGCAGCCAGGGCGUCUGGGGCUUGGAUGACUUCCAGUUUCUACCUUUCAUAUGGGGCAGUUCCCAGCUGAUAGACCAUCCAAAUCUGGAGCCUCGACACUUUGUUGAUGAGAAGGUGGUAAAUGAAAACCAUAAAGACUUCAUGUUCCUGGAGUGCAUCCUCUUCAUUACAGAGAUGAAGACGGGCCCCUUCGCUGAGCACUCCAACCAGCUCUGGAACAUCAGCGCCGUACCCUCCUGGUCCAAGGUCAACCAGGGCCUCAUCCGCAUGUACAAGGCAGAGUGCCUGGAGAAGUUCCCCGUGAUCCAGCACUUUAAGUUCGGCAGCCUGCUCCCCAUCCAGCCCGUGACGUCCUAAGGAGGCCGCGGGAGGAGCCGAGGCCGCGGAGGCGCAGCGCGGCGCUCUUCCUCCUCCCCUCACCCCCUCCUCAUCACCUCGCCCGUCGCACAGCCCAUUCAUUCCUGCGCAUCCUCAUCAGGCAACCACGGAUCCGAAGCACUCGGCGGCCUCGCACGGGAGAGACGGGACCAGAGCAGCUCCUCCUGCAAGCCCCCGCCGCGGGGCUGUCCCACAAGCGACCGAGCCGGGGCUGCGCUGCUCCGCUCUGGUGCGCCCACGGAUCUGGGGACAAAGGGGGUUUGGUGAGGGGCUGCCUUGCAGCAAAUUCCCCCUGCUUUCCUUCCUGGGAGGAAGGGGGUGUGGAGGGGAGGAAGGCACGUGUGUACGCGCUGGGCAGGGGUAACUGCAGUUUCCCUUUUGAAUUUCAUUGAAGUUUCCUGUUGCUGUUUGGUUUGGAAA